AUGGCCUCGGCGGGCCUCCUGCCUUGCCUCCUCGUCCCGCUGCUGGCCGGCCUGAGCCGGGCUUGCCCCGAGGGCUGCGACUGCUUCCAGCGGGAGGUGGUGUGCUCGGCGGAGGAGCUGGCCGCCAUCCCCGCGGGCCUCCCCGAGCGGGCCACCGACCUGGUCUUGGUGGAGACUUCGCUGGCGGCCCUGCGGCCCGGGGCCUUCGGCAACCACAGCCAGCUGGCCAAGGUGGUCCUCCUGAACAACGAGCUCCGGCGCGUGGAGGCCGGGGCGUUCGGCGGGCUGCCGGGGCUCCGGGACCUGGAGAUCACGGGCAGCGCCCUGGCGGGGCUGCCCGGGACGGCCUUCAGGAACCUGACGGGCCUCCGCAAGCUCACCCUCAACUUCGACAGUCUGACGGGGCUCCCCGAGGACCUCUUCUGGGGCCUGGACUGCCUGGAGGCUCUUCACCUGCAGGGGAACGAGCUGCAGGGGCUGCCCGAGGCCCUCUUCCGGCCGCUCGGGGCCCUGCGGGUCCUCAACGUGGCCCAGAACCUCCUGGAGCACGUCCCGGAGGGGCUCCUGGCCCCCCUGGGCAGCCUCGAGCUCCUGAAGCUCAGUGACAACCACCUGGCCGCCCUCCCGCCCGGCCUGUUCCGGGGCCUGGGCGGCCUCCGGGAGCUGUUCCUGGACGCUAACCGGCUGGCCGAGCUGCCCCCCGAGGUGUUCCGGGGCCUGGGGGCCCUGGAGAGGCUCUGGCUGCAACGCAACGCCAUCGGCCGCCUCCCCGCCGGCCUCUUCUCUUCGCUGGCCAACCUGACCUUCCUGAACCUGGAGGGGAACGCGCUCCGGGCGCUGGCCGGCGGCCUCUUCCUCGGGACGCCCAAGCUGGCCCGGCUGUCCCUGUCCCACAACCGGCUGGAGAACGUCUCGGCGGGGCUCUUCGGGGGCGCGUCCGGGCUCAGCGUCCUCUCUCUGUCCCACAACCGGCUGGGCAGCCUCCCGCCGGGCCUCUUCGGCCCCGUGCCCCGCCUCACCGAGCUCUACCUGGGCAGCAACAACCUGACGGCCCUGGACGGGGGGCUCUUCCGGAACCUGAGCCUGCUGGAGCAGCUGAGCCUCUCGCACAACCUCCUGAGCAGCCUCCCCGACGGCAUCUUCGACGACAACUUCAGCCUCUUCCACCUGGCCCUGCACGGCAACCCCUGGGCCUGCGACUGCCGGCUGGCCUACCUGCUGGGCUGGCUGCACGAGUACGUGGAGGGGCUGUUCAACCGGCAGACCUACUGCGCCGGCCCCCCCUACCUGAGGGGGCAGCUGCUGCCCGCGCUGAGGCCGGAGCAGCUGGUGUGCCCGGUGCCCCUCCGGGCGGAGGACGAGCCGGGCGGCUGGGAGCCGGCCGCGGAGGGCCGAGCGCCCGCCCGGUGCGCCUACAGCAACCCGGAGGGCACGGUGGUGCUGGCGUGCGAGCGGGACGCGUGCCGGUGGCUGCGGGCUCAGCUGUCUGCCAGGCAGACCUCGGGCACCCGGAGCCUCGCCUUCAAUUCCACUCAGGAAUGGCUCCUGAAAUCGAGCUGCGGCUCGCUCCGGCUCACCAUCUCCAUCAACGCCCUGGCCGGAGAGGGCUAG